AUGAUACGUGUGAUGGGCAAAGCUCCCUGGUCCCCGGUCUUUGCCGAAGACAGAGGAGGAUUCUUCCAGCGGAGGGGACACGCUGGGAGGGAGCCGGUGGUGGAAAGGGUAGGGGGGGUGUUGAAUGUGUUAAUACACAGGAACACUGCAUCAAACCAAUGCACUGCUCUGAGGCUGGCUGAGCAGCUGAGAGGAGUGCGUCAGCAGUACAUUCACGUUGCCACUGAAGGACAAAAGGGAGGGAGGGGGGUAAGGCAGAGCGAGCGUCUUAGGCUGCCCGCAACACCGACACGCGCUCCGACACUGCUGGCUUGA